UUGUUUUUGUCUCAUGAAUUUUAAUAAUCAACGAGCAUAAUCUAACAACACCGUUUUAUAAUUUACCAUAAUGCAUCUUUUAAACCGGGAAAUUCCCGCAAUUUCCCGCUCUUGUAUUGCCAAUUUUGGAAUUAUCGAUUAAGGAGGAAGGAAUAAUUGAGCAUCUUUGUUUUGUGGUAGAAAAAGAAACUAAAAAGAAAAAAAGCGCGUGUUUACUAUGACACUGUAGGAAUGUGUAGUAUCAUUUUGGAUGAAAUAUAACAUCAGUUUAUCAGAUAAGCAAGGAGAUUUUAUUUUUUUCAUUUGUUCAUGGAUUUUGUCACACAGGUUUUGGAUAUAGAUAGUGAAAAUGACAGGUGCUCACGUUGUUGUUGUUAUUGGAGUUUUACUUCCGGUAGUUACUGGAUCUCACUUCUCCGAACUUAUCAGAAAAACGAUACCAAUGAGCGUGAGUUGUGCCCCUUGCAGUGAUGAUCAAUUCCAGUGUACAAACUGUCGCUGUGUUAUGAAAUCCUUCGUCUGUGAUCAUGUGAACGAUUGUCUGGAUAACAGUGAUGAACCUAAAAAUUGCAAAUUCAAAGUUUGCAAAGGGAAUGAGUUCAGGUGUAACAAUAAGCGUUGUAUUACUCAAAACUGGGUUUGUGACGGAUCAAAUGACUGUACAGAUAACUCGGACGAGGUCCACUGUGCGGACAGUCCGCGGACAUGCAAGGCUACCGAGUACUUGUGUCCAGAAAACAACAAGUGUUUGUCCCUGUCAAAGUUGUGUGGAGGGUAUCUAACGUGUGGUACUGAGGGAAAGCCUUCUAUUUGUGCAGAAUACAUGAGUAAUUUCACGACAUGCAAAAAUGGUCAUUGUCUAAGAGGAUCGGAAUACGUAUGUUCUUUGCAUGGAAACUACAAACAUGGCGUGGAAGUUGUGUGUAUAUGUAAACGAGGUUAUAUGGUAGAUGAAAAUGACACCAGCAAAUGCGUUGAUUAUAACGAAUGUGAGGAGUUUGGAGUAUGCGACCAGAAGUGUGUGAACACACCUGGCAGUUACCGUUGUCUGUGUGCAGAGGGCUACACGCUAGAAGAUAAAGGGACCUGUAGAAGUAUUGGAGCUGCGGCAACUUCAGUCAACCUUGCCCUUGGGAAACCGUCAAGCCAGACAAACUUAUGGAACAACCGGGCAGACUGGGACGCUGAUAAGGGUAACGAUGGCAACCGUGACAGCGACAUGUUCAAUGGUCAUUGUUUUCACACAGAAACUGCGUUUGAGCCCUGGUGGAUGGUCGAUCUUCAGUCUGUGUAUAUCAUUACACGAGUGGACUUGUACAACAGGGAGGACUGUUGCACUGGUCGAGCCCGGAACCUUGAGAUAGCUACAGCGGUAACUAAGGGUGAAUGGUCCAGGGCAGCAUACGAUGACGGCAAGGUUGGCAAUUUCAAGUCAGUUACGUUAAACAACGUCAAAGCACGUUACGUCAAGCUCACGUUAAAAGGCAUUACAGAAUAUUUACAGUUUUGUGAAGUGGAAAUAUAUGGGUACAGUGGAGUUGAGGCAAAGUUAUACGUUGGCACGGAAUAUAACAUAACGCGCAUGCGCAUGAACGGAACAGAAUCGGAACUAGUGGUAUCUGGAAACAUUGGAGAUUUUGAUCUUGACUUCGCCGCUCAAACCAUAUUCUUUAUCGACACAAGUGAAAAUAAGGUUUAUCAGACUACUAGUGGUGAUGUAGGGAAGUCAGAGUUAAGUUUGGAAAGCAUGCCAAAACCGUGCAGUUUAUCCUACGACUGGAUAGGUGGCAACUUAUAUAUUGUCGACUGUUUGGCCAAACGUAUAGCUGUCUAUAAUUUACGCAGUAAACGGCAAAAGAACAUCAUCAACGACGGUAUACAAAAUUGCCGGGCUGUCGCUGUAGAUCCGACAACAGGUUACAUGUUCUACACGGAUUACGGACGGAAACCACGGCUUUUACCACGUAUUGUUCGAACGUUUAUGGAUGGCAGUUCUAUUCUAGACCUGAAAUUAGGCAAACUUGUCUCCCCAAGCAGUAUCAGCGUCGAUAAUGUUGCAAGGCGUAUCUACUGGACAGAUUCUAAAUUAGAUGUGAUUGAAACUGCUACAUAUGACGGCUUGCACAGGACAAGAAUUAUCUCUGGAAGUCUAAAUAUUCCCGCACCUGUAAGUCUCGCGAUGUUUGAGAACGAGAUAUACUGGGCUGACGUCACAAAGAUGGCAGUUCUAAAAGUGGGAAAAUUUGAUAAAAGUAGGAACGUGACCCAGAUAUGGCGGACCAAAACGGUAUUGACGUCACUGAAGAUAGAACACGCGGUGCUAAGACGCACUAACAGAAUAACCAACCCUUGCCUAAGGACAAAGUGUGAACAUUUGUGCGUUUUGACCCAUGUAACUGAUAACGACGGACUAGGAUACAGGUGCGUGUGUGAGGCUGGAUACCAACUGAAUGAAGACGGAUUUUCAUGUAGAAGUAUUGAAGAGUUCAUAAUUUUCGCUACCAAGCAUUCAGUCCGUGCAAUACCACUGGACGGAGACAAGACACGAUCUAUUGAUGCCAUGAAGCCUGUGGUAGGAUUGACAAACACCCGACGGGGAAACAGUUUUGUCGCCGUCGAUUACGACGCUACCAGAAAAGAACUAUACUUUUCAGACAUCUACAAUCGAGCCAUAUUUAAAUCGCCCAUAGAUGCAACAGAAGUGACACAUGUCCUAGCCAAUGAUAUUCGAUCUGUAGAAGGAAUAAGUCUAGACUGGAUCUCACGUAAUUUAUACUUUACGGACUUUUUCGCAAAGACCGUGUCCGUUGUACGUUUGGAUGACCCAGAUCAAAGAAGAGUGUUGUUGACUGGUUUAGGCAGUCCACGUUCAGUUGUAGUACAUCCAGCGCGGGGAUAUGUGUUCUUCGCUGACUGGCUGAAAGAUGGAAAUAACUUUCCAUUCAUUGGUCGUUGCCAUGGAGAUGGCAGCAAUAUGACUAAGAUUCAUAGGUAUGAGCUUGGCUGGCCCAAUGGAAUGUGUGUGGACUACGAUCAAGAUAGAGUGUAUUGGGUGGACGCUUAUUUCGACAGGUUGCAGCAUACAGACCUGGACGGAAAUGACUUACAGACAGCUCAAGGAAUUAAGAUAGUGCAUCCGUUUGGAGUGGCUGUGUUCAGAGGUUACAUCUAUCUGACAGACUGGAAACUGCAAUCUAUUACACGUGUGACAAUGACUGGUGAUGAAGAGACUGUUCUCCUACAGGGAGUAGAGCUUUUACGGAGCUUGAGAAUAUUUGCUAAGGAUCUUCAGAAGGUCUCAGAUGACCACCCGUGUACUAAGACCAAUGGGGGUUGCUCGCAUUUCUGUUUCCCGAUGCCAGGCACCACAAGCGCUGGUACCCGAACUGUACAGAAACAAUGCGGGUGCCCGUUUGGAAUGAAACUAGGAGCAGACAAUCUACACUGUGAGGAAAAUAAGGCAGAGAAACCUACAAAAGCAUGUAGCCGCGCCUCUUUGUUCAAGUGUAAGUCAGGGAGGUGUAUUUCGUCCACUUAUAAAUGUGAUGGUGACAAUGACUGUAUGGACAACAGCGACGAAGAAAAGUGCCCGAAAGUACAAGAAUGCCCAGCAGACAAGUUCAAGUGCAAGAACGGAAAAUGUCUUAGUUAUCAUUGGAAAUGUGACGGUCAGGACGACUGCGGUGAUAUGUCCGACGAAUCCCAAUGCCCAAACAAACAGUGUAAACCACAGGAGUUUCAGUGUAACAACACAUUAUGUAUUCACAUACGACUGAAAUGUAACUCAGAGAACGAUUGUGUAGAUGGGUCAGACGAAGGCGAUUUUUGUGAAGACCACGUGUGUCAGCCCGGUCAUUACCAAUGUGCGGACAAACGGUGUAUUGCAGAGAGAUUAAAAUGCGACGGCGAAGAAGACUGUUACACCGGCGAGGAUGAGAAAGACUGCCCGCCAUUAAAGUGUCCAGCUGAUUCCUGGAGAUGUAGAACAGUGCGGCAGUGUGUGCCUAUACAGUACCGCUGUGACGGUGCAUUGGACUGCAGAGAUAAUACAGACGAAGAAAAUUGUACCGCAAGACCACAAGACGGUUGUUUCAAACACGAGUUAAAGUGCGUCACCGGUGGCUGUAUACCUGUCAAGUGGAAGUGUGACGGUCAACCCGAUUGUUCCGAUUCUACGGACGAAAGUGGAUGCGAUAAGAUAACCUGUUCCGGGAGUGAGUUCCAGUGUAAGAAUGGGAAGUGUAUAUCCAGCGAGCUUGUGUGCAAUACACAAGAUGACUGUGGGGAUAACAGCGACGAGGAUCAAAGUAAAACGUGUCCCCCACCACCAUUUGCAUGUCCCCUGGGUGAGUGGGAGUGCCCGGGGGCGACGGUUAAGUGUAUCAACAGCUCCCUUGUCUGUGACGGUAAAGAGGACUGUCCAGGAGGGCUAGACGAAGAUAUAACUUGUGAGCGGAACGAAUGUGCCAUUGGUAAUGCCGGGUGCAGCUACGGUUGUAUUCAAACCCCGCAGGGACCUCAGUGUGUCUGUCCUCAAGGUCAACAGUUAAACGGAACUAAAAUAUGUGUAGAUACAAAUGAAUGUGAGGAUCCUACCAGUUGUAGCCAGAUAUGUAUCAAUACAAAGGGUUCGUUCAAAUGUCUGUGCGAAGAGGGAUAUGAAAAAACUACUUCAACCGACGGUCAGGGUUGUCGUGCUAUUGGCGAUGCUAGAGUUGUCGUUACUACACGACAUGAAAUAUCAUUCGGAAACCAUUUAUCGAUAUACGACCAUGAGUGGACAACUAUACCGGUCAAGGACACGGCGUCGCUCGCCGGGAUUGACGUGUAUAUGAAAGAGAACAAACUGUUUUUCAGCGACUCGAGGACAAUGAAGAUUUAUAGUAUGUCAGUGAACGGGAGCAACCUGACAGAGGUAAUUUCGUCUGGAAUCAACGUAGUUGAGGAUAUUGCCGUAGACUGGUUAGCAGGCAAUUUGUACUGGAAUGACUAUACUUUAGAGACAGUCGAAGUAGCCCGACUUGAUGGUUCCAGCCGAAUGGUCCUCUUCAGUGAAAAUGUAACUCGUCCAAGAGGAAUCGAACUCGAUCCGAGGAAGGAUGCUCGUUAUAUAUUUUGGUCAGACUGGGGACAGUAUCCUAGGAUCGAACGCGCGGGUAUGGAUGGGUCAGGUCGGACUACUAUUGUGUCUACAAACUUGUACUGGCCGAAUGGUCUCUCAAUAGACUAUCCAACACGUCGAUUAUACUUUGCUGACGCCAAACUAGAUUCUAUUGAAUUUUGUAACUACGACGGAUCAGGCCGCCGGAAGAUUAUUCUUCGCCCUAACUUUUUAUUACAUUCGCACGAUAUUGUCGUGUUUGCGGACCUUAUCUACUGGACAGACCGGGAGACUGAGACAGUGUCUAUGUGCUUAAAGUAUAACUGUACCUACCUGUUUACGAACCAGGACCGCUUGUACAACCCUAUUGGUGUCACAGUAUUUCACCCUGCCAGACAACCUAAAGAUAAAAAUCCAUGCAGUCUAGCUUCUUGCAGCCAUCUGUGUUUGCUCUCCCCUGUAAGUGCAAGUGGAUUCGUCUGCGCAUGCCCAAUGGGAAUGCGACUGUCUCAGUCUGCACCUCAUCUCUGUGUCGAAGAUAUUACAGACUAUAUUAUGUAUAGUCACGCGGACGGGAUUUCCGCUUUGCAACUUCCGGUUAGACGAGGCAAUGAGAGUUACUUUCCCUUGGCAAGGAGCAAGAAAGUAGUCAGUAUGGACUUCGACAGCCGGAAUAAAUUACUUUUCUUUGUUGAAGAAACGAGUAGAGGAAAUACCACUUUGAAGACAAUGAAGUUAUUCUCAGGAAACGUUUCUUUACUGGCACCUACGUCAUAUAUUGGUAACCCUGCUGGCAUUGCAUUUGACUGGGUCUCAAAAAACCUCUUCUGGGCUGAUUUUGUGAGUGGUACUAUUGAAGUGAUGCGGAUGACCGGUGACAUUCCUUAUCGUCAAGUUAUUUUGAGUAACAUGGGAAGGCAGAUAGAUUGUGUGACACCAGUGGCAGUAUCUGUAGAUCCUUCAAGAGGGUAUAUAUACUGGAUAGAUAUCGGAGGCCACGGCUUGCGUCCUAAGUUGGCAUCUAUGUUAAUGGACGGUACAAGAAGGCAGGUACUCCAUGCACGACGUGUGGACACACCCACUUCCCUGUCACGUGACCCAUCAACCAACGAUCUUUAUUGGACGGAAGGAAGAAGACAACAGAUCGUUAAAUGGGAAUUUUCGACUCGUCGCGUGUUCGUGGUUCAGGAUAACGUAGGCAAACCAAAUAGCGUUGCGCUUUUUGGCGGUGUUUUAUACUACGCAGACAACAGUCAGCAAACACUCAACAAGCUAGAACUUCGUAGAGGCGGUGAUUUGACAGUUCUGAAGCAGAAUGUAAGAAAAGUGAAGGCAAUUACCGUCUACCAUAACCGAAAUGUUAAAGGCGAGAAAAACAAGUGUGCUUUAAACAACGGUGGUUGCGAACAACUUUGUCUUCCAACUAGUCAUACAACGGCCGUUUGUGCCUGUGGUGUUGGUUACGAUAAGGCUGAGAACGGAUCGUGUACGUCAAGCGAAUCGUUCGUACUCGUUUCAUUCGAAGCGUACGUAAGAGGGUUUGCGUUGGACCGGGGGAGCCACGAUGAGGCGUUAUCGCCUAUAGGUGGUCCAGACCGGAGUAUUUACCAACUGGAUGUUCACAUGGUAGGCAAACAUAUUUAUUGGGUGGAGUUGCCGGGCUCACCUAUGCCAGAGGGUAUAUACAGGAUGAGGCCGGAUGGAAGUGGAUUCGGACGCGUGGUAUCUGGAAGUUCGUUCGGAAAGCCCGGGGCCACCGGUUUCAAAGGAAUUGCUGUGGAUUGGAUAGCUGGUAAUCUUUACUUUACAAAUGUGAUGCCAAGUGAAACAUAUAUAGAGGUCUCACGCAUGGAUGGUCAAAAUCGACUUGUUCUUAUCUCCGACCCAGCGAACUCUCCGACAGAACUUGCCGUCAACCCGAUUAAACGAUACCUAUACUGGCUGGACGUGGGACAGUUUCCAAAGAUUGAGCGGAGCUGUCUAGACGGCUCAAACAGAACAGCCAUAAUUACAAAUGGCGUACUCAAACCAAGUGGAAUAACUGUUGAUAUUUUCACUCAUGAUGUAUAUUGGACCGAUUCCGCCGUCGAUGCUAUUCAGAAGAUGGAUUAUUUGGGCAGCAGACGUGAAUACGUCCGCAGCAAUUUGCCAUUUCCGGUAGGGAUAGCGGUGUUACAGCAAAAUAUCUACUGGUUGGAUCAGUCCCUAGGAAUUUUAUACAAAGCUGACAAAUCCGAGUCAGAUAUUCGCGCCAAAACUCUGAAAGGCGGUCUACAUCAUGUAAUGGGCUUGGCAAUAUUUGACAAAAGAAUGCAACCAAAUGUUACGAACCCGUGUUCAUUAAACAACGGGGGCUGCGAUCAGUUGUGCUUUGCGCUACCUAAUAGUAACGACGUCACGUGCAAAUGCAGCAAAGGUCAACUGAAAAAUGACAACCGCACGUGUGGAGAAACAAAAUCAGAAUAUCUAAUAUUCACUGCGGACCAGAAAGUAAUGAGCGCGUACCUGGACGCCUCCGUGAAAUCCUCUCCGUUUGCUCCAAAGGACAACGAAGGGAGUCCGCUGGACAUCGAUUUCGACUUUGAGAUGGGAAUGAUCUUCUACUCUGAUGGACUGAAGAGGGCGGUCUUUCAAGUUAAUACAACAGCGUCAAAGAGUACAGAGAUACAAGAAUAUAUGAAUUUAACUUCUGAUCAUCCACAUCGAAAAAUCUUCACAAAUGGCGUUGGGGAUGGUAUCACCUAUGAUUGGAUAGAAAAGAGAAUAUUUUGGACAGAUACAUUGAAGAUGGCUGUGUUUAGCAUGAAUAUUAACGGGUCAAACCUGUACAGAUACCGAGGGGGGAUACCGAUAACUGAUAUCGUUGUGUAUCCGUGUAGAAGGUUGUUGUUUUGGUGUUACACAACGGCCAUAGCAGAGAUAGUCCGGAUGAACACAGACUGGUCCGACAGGAGAACUAUCCUGAGAUCCAUGACAAUACGACCUAAGGGAUUGGCAAUUGAUUACGAGGAGGAGAGACUGUAUUUUGUCGACAGAAAUAAUUACCGUAUCUACCACUGCGAUUUCAAUGGCAAAGGUCUGACAAGUUAUUUUACAGUGUACACUGAGCCAAGAGAUAUUGCCAUAUUCCGGCAAAAUAUAUAUUACACAGACACUAAUACAAAUAUGAUAUUCAGAGCAGACAAGCUCACAGGAGCAAACAAUGAGAUUGUUGUUCAGACCACGGGAACCAUAUUUGGAAUUGCUAUUUAUAGAAACAGAUCUGACGCUUGCCAUGCUAAUUCCUGUCUUUAUGAUAACGGUGGGUGCAGUGAAGUAUGCACGCCGGGUACCAACAGGGAAGCUGUGUGCUCGUGUAACGAUACUAAAAACACAGUCCUGAGUAAGAAUGGUAAAACCUGUGAGCGGAAGAACAACACGUGCAGGGAGGACCAGUUCGCAUGCACUAAUGGACAUUGUGUAGGCUCCACAUUUGUAUGUGAUGGAAAACCAAACUGUUUGCAAUCAUCUGAUUUGAAAACGGAAGACGAAAGUGAAUAUUAUUGUGCCAUCAGACAAUGUCGGUCCGGAGAAUAUCGGUGUACGAGUGGAAGAUGCUUACCGUUAUACUUCCGGUGUGACUAUGAUGUGGACUGUCCUGGUGGAGAGGACGAGGAGGAUUGUGUGUCCCGUGCGUGCAAAGAGGGAAUGUUUCAGUGUGAUAAUCGAAGAUGCAUCGAUAACGCACUGAAGUGUAAUGGCGUCGAUGACUGCAGAGAUGGACUAAGAUCAGAUGAGACGAAUUGCCUAAUUGCUACCCCAAAAAAGUUGUCCAAUACGAAAUGUAUAAGGAGACCACCGUUGUGGGGCGGGGAUGACGACCGUGGGGACGGUGCAGAUGAAGUUGGCGUCUACUGCAAUCAACAUAAUUGUGGAAAAGAUGAAUAUGCCUGUAGCAGUCCUUCCUCUGCAAAGUGUAUACCAAAGUCAUGGUUGUGUGAUGGUGAACCAGACUGUAACGGUAUCCAGGGACAACAAGACGAGGCAAACUGCACAAGUUUCAAGAAUAUGUCAUGCGGCUAUAAACAGUUCCGUUGCUCCAACAACAAGUGUAUUCCUGUGUCAUGGGUUUGUGAUGGGUCUGACGAUUGUGGUGAUCUGAGUGACGAAAAGUACAAUCUUCCUUGUGAUUCGUACACAGCUACAUGCAAAAAGGAUUCCUUUUCUUGUGAAGCAAACCGCAGACUUGGGCGCUAUCCCUGUAUAUCCGCCAAACAGGUAUGUGAUGGAACAGCGGAUUGUUCGGAUGGCGAGGAUGAGAGAGAUUGCUCACGCCCAGCAUGCAAUCCCGACAUUCCCGAGUUCCAGUGCAGUUCCGGGGAGUGUAUACCUGACAGGUUUCGCUGUGACCACGUACACGAUUGUCCGGAUGGUUCUGACGAAGGAGAAAAAUGCGAUUACCGUACAUGCAAAGGAGACGAGUUUAUGUGUGAUAACAAGAUAUGUAUUCCAAAGCAUUUUGUCUGUGAUAAAGAGGACGAUUGUCUGGACUUCUCAGAUGAGAAAAAAUCAAUGUGCUCAAAGAAAGCUGCCAAAUGCGACGAGGGCAAGUUCCAGUGCCAUAACGGUACAUGUAUCAGCCAAUCAGCUGUUUGCGAUGAGAAAAACGACUGCGGUGAUUGGUCAGAUGAGAAACUUUGUGGUAUAAAUGAAUGUCUUUCGAACACGUCAGUAUGUUCCCAGAAAUGCGUUGAUCUGAAAUCCGGAUAUGCAUGUCAGUGCAAUAAUGGAUAUAAACUCCUGGAUGAUAAAAUAUCAUGCACGGAUAUAAAUGAGUGUCUGGCGAUUCCUGGAGUUUGCAGCCAAGUUUGUAUAAACACUCAGGGAAGCUAUACGUGUAAAUGUAAUAAGGGUUACAAGAAACGCAUAGAUGGGAAGACAUGCAAACGAAUCGAUAAUAUAACACCGUGGUUGAUAUUUACAAACCGUUACUACAUUCGAGAAAUUACCACCGACGGCAAAAGCUACCAGAAAAUAGCGGAUGAUUUCGGGAACGCUGUUGCUAUGGACAUAUUAUACGACGAGAACAUGUUGUAUUUCACCGACGUGACGGCGAAACAGAUAAAGAGAAUGACAAUCAAUGGGUCAGUAACGGAGACAGUAAUCGACCAUGGAAUUAAGUCUCCAGAAGGGCUUGCGAUUGAUUGGGUGGGAAGGAAGCUGUACUGGAUCGAUGCGAAAAGAGUGGCAAUGUAUGUAUCAGAGCUGAAUGGAACCAGUGUGAAAACUUUAUUGAAGAAAACUAUUCUGCGACGUCCACGUGCACUGGUUCUCAAUCCAUUUACCGGCUAUGCCUAUUGGUCAGACUGGUCAAAAGAAUCCUACAUUGGUUCUAUGGGUCUAGACGGGUCGGACCCAAAGAUUGUUAUUAAACGAAAACUCGGCUGGCCCAACGCGCUUACAAUGGACUAUGAGACCAACGGAUUGUGGUGGGCGGACGCACAUUUAGACUGGAUCGAAUAUGCAAACGUAGAUGGAACCAACAGACAUAUGGUUCGACGUAAUGUACCCCACCCAUUUGCGAUAGCAGUGUUCGAAGACUGGGUAUACUGGACGGACUGGAAUCACCUUACUAUAGAGAAAUGCAAUAAAUUCACCGGCGGAAAUCACACAACCCUUCUGAAUACAACGCAUAGACCGAUGGAUAUACACGUUUUUCAUCCUCUGAAACAGAAGCUAGGAAAGAAUCCAUGUGGCAAACAAAAUGGCGGCUGCAGUCAUUUGUGUCUUCUGCAACCAGGUGGCACUAACUUUACUUGCGCAUGCCCAGACCAGUUUGAACUGGAUAAGGACAUGCACACGUGCAAAGCGAACUGUUCUAUCACUCAGAUAAGAUGUGGGGCUAUCAAUGACAGGUGUAUACCUAGAAUAUGGAAAUGUGACGGGUCACGUGAUUGCAAAGAUGGUGCAGAUGAACCGGAUACAUGUCCUGCCACCACGUGCUCGCCGGGGCAGUUCCGGUGUCGUAAUAACAAAUGUGUUUAUGGGUUUCAAACAUGUGAUUUGAUAGACCAGUGUGGAGAUGGUUCGGACGAAGAGGGUUGUGAAGAACACGAGUGUGAGUCGUGGCAGUUCCAAUGUGAAAAUCACAAAUGUAUCCCUAAAGGUUGGAAAUGUGACGAGGUGGAUGACUGUGGGGAUAAUAGCGACGAAUCUACAAACAUAUGCCAUAAAAGAAAAUGCGAAGAUAAUAAAUUCAUGUGUGACAAUGGAAGAUGUAUCCAGUUGUCAUGGCAGUGCGACUUCGAUGAUGACUGUGGUGACAACAGCGAUGAGAAACCGGAAUUCGGAUGCAGUAAUCGCACGUGUAAGCAGGGAUGGUGGAAGUGUCGCUCGAACUACAGAUGUAUCCCAGACUGGCAGAGGUGUAACGGUAAGGACGACUGUAGGGAUAACUCUGAUGAAGAAACAGCCAACUGUCCAAAGUGUCACCCUACAGGAGACUUCGAGUGUGCCAACAAACGAUGUGUACCAAAACGGUGGAUGUGUGACUUUGAUAAUGACUGUGGAGAUAACAGUGAUGAAAAUCCAACCAUGUGUGCACCGCUGUAUCGGCAGUGUUCUGAGACGGAAGUAAGAUGUAAGAAUCAAAAAUGUAUACGCAGCAAAUGGCAGUGUGACUAUGACAACGACUGCGGAGAUAACUCAGAUGAAGAUCCUGCUAUUUGUAAACACCCCACUGUAUGUUCCCGUAAGCAGUUCCAGUGCUUGACAGGACAGUGUUUAGACAAGGUCUUCCGAUGUGACGGCGAAGGCCAGUGUCCGGACCUUUCGGACGAAGCCAACUGUACCGGCGUUUAUCCACGCGGCCGGACAUGCCCUGGUGAAAAGUUCCAGUGCAAUAACAAUAUUUGUAUACCUUUACACUGGCGUUGUGAUGGAUAUGAUGAUUGUGGCGACCAAACAGACGAAAAAGUUGAAACAUGUGACCAGAUCACGUGUCCAGAUGAAACACACUUCCGGUGUGAUAACCGGAAAUGCAUCUUGAGUUGGCAGCUUUGUGACAAUAUCACUCAGUGUGAUGACGGAUCUGAUGAAAACAAUAAAACUGUUUGUAAACCAGAGGAACCUGAACCAUGUAAGGCUGACCAGUACAAGUGUUCGGAUGGUGGCUGUAUAUCUACUUCCGGAGUUUGUAACAAUGUCAAGGACUGUGGGGACGCAUCAGACGAGAUCGGCUGUUCAAAAGAUGGAGCAAAAUCUUACUGCUCUGUGAAGAAUGGGGGAUGUGAACAGAAUUGUACCGAUGUAAAGGACGGAUUUUAUUGUUCCUGUUGGAACGGUUUUUAUAUCAGCGAAACUGACGGGAAAUCUUGCAAAGAUGUAAAUGAGUGUUCCGUUUAUGGCAAUAACUGUCCACAGCUGUGUAACAAUGUGAAAGGAUCAUUUAAGUGCCAGUGUGCGGCUGGGUUUAAAGAUGUAAAAGGUCAAGGUCACGAUUGUAAACCGGAAGGUAAAGCAGUUAGUCGGUCACUUUUCUUUUCCACUCUAACGGAAAUCCGACGAUUCCAGCCGGAUAAAAAAGAGUAUUCAGGGGCAGUAAUUUCUGGCAGUUACAUAACAUCCAUUGACCUUGACAUUGCAAAAAGACUUUUGUACUGGACCGACCAAAGAAAUGGUGAGAUAUUCCGCGCACCAAUAACAAAUAAACAAGAUCGUCUAGGGCUGCCUCAAAAUAUUGGCGUUCGUGCACCCGGACCGUAUGGAAUAGCUGUGGACUGGAUAGAAAAUAACAUAUAUUGGACAGAUGUGAAGAAACGUAGUAUCUCCGUUUCUCUAUUUGAUGGCCGAUAUCAACGGACAUUAUUCUCCGACAUUGAGGAACCUUUAGCAAUUGCUGUAAAUCCUAAACUUGGACUGUUAUAUUGGACGGAUGCUGAUUCUAAACAUCCGCGCAUAGAGCAGUCUUGGAUGAACGGCGAGAAACGAAAGACACUUGUUUACAAGCGUCUUAUACAUCCGUCAGCUCUGACAAUAGACUUCAUUAUGUCAAACAGAGUAUACUGGGCAGAUUAUAAAACCGGUGUCAUAGAGUCAAUGAACUUCGAUGGAACUGAAAGAGCUUUGAUUGUUGGGAAAGUUUUAAGUCCAGUCAGCUUGGACGUGUUCGAGUCGAAGAUUUACUGGGUCUCACAACGGAAUGGAACAGCGCAUUACAUGGAUAAAUUUGGCUUUGGGAACUCCACCGUCCUUCAGACAGGACUCAUAUAUCCUAGCGGAGUAAGAUUGUUCCACAGGCUAAGGAAAGAUCUGGAAAUUAAGCCUAGAUGUCCGAAACAUGGGGAUGUUUGCAGUCAUUUAUGUUUGUUGAAACCGAACGGUUACGCGUGUGCAUGUCCAGAUGGAACUUCAUUCGAGGGAGACAAUAGCUAUAUAUGUGAUGCUGCCUCUGAGGUAGCGAAAUCCGCCCCGCAGAUGUGUGCAUGUUGGAAUGGUGGAGAAUGUUUCACACUUGAAAAUGGAACAAGCAUUUGUAAAUGUUUAUCAGGUUUCAGUGGCAACCUGUGUGAGCACGUAGAACCGAAGAAACUGACUGCUGAAGAGGAUAUGUCGGAGUUGCUGGCUAUAGUAAUACCCACAGUAGUCGUGUUUCUUCUUGCGGUAGUGUUGGUUGUUGUAAUAAUAUUUAUAUUCAAAAGGCGAGGCCUGAAGAAGUCUGGAGCGUCUGUAGCUUAUACAAACGGUGAAAACGUAGAAAUCCCGACGUCGUAUUCUGUACCGGAAGCGGCAGACAUACAAGCAUCUUCGAAUGACCCAUCACCAACCAAUUUCUGUAAUCCAUUGUAUGAAACGUGUCAUGGUGACGAUCCGAAAAUGUUUAUGAAAGGUGUGCAAGAAAUUUCCGUGCACGAUGAAGAUCACUAUGCUUCCGCCGGAAGUGUGACCACGAUAUACCCGAGCGUUAACCAAGGCAUUGAUGAUCCCUACAUAACAGCUACAGGGGCGGGAAAUAACUCUGAUUUUGCCGGUUUAGUCGCCGGAAGUGAACCUCGACAUCUUGACGCCGCAGAGGAUCACGGGAGUGACACGAACGUUCUCGUUAAACAAAAUAUAGAUGGCUCAACAAUGGAAGAACAUCAAGUUUAGGACUUAAUGUGUUCUUAAUUAUUAAAGACUAUUUGCUGAAUAUUUCUUCUCGACAUAAUAUUUUAGACAUAAUAUUUGACAUUUACGAUACUAUAUAAGCAACGUUGUACAUACGCUUGCCUGUCUCAGGUAAUGGGAUUACCAAAUGUACACGGGAUUAAAUGGGGGAAAAACCAUCUGGUUUGUGGUGUGAAAGUUGUAAGAUUACCAAAUGUUGACGGAUUUACACGAAAAAAAAAAAACAACAUCUGGUUUGUGGUGUGAAAAUUGUGUUUUUCACAUGUUUGACAUCAUAGAAGUGAAAUAACGCUAUGUCAUCUUUUGGUAUUACAUUUGUGUAAAAACAUUUUGACGUAUUCAAGUAUAAAAGUCGCUGGUUGAGUUGAUUUUGCCUACGCAAACUAGGAAAGAAGAAAUUUCAAUGUAACAGGAACAGAAGCUUUUAAGUUUGUAUUUUUCACAUUGAAUUUAUUAAACUAGUUGAACAAAUAUUACAAAAUUCUCAGCUGACAUAUCAAACUCGUUUGUUAAGUUCAAUAUGAAAAGCCACUGUUUAUGUAACAUUCAGAACAUUAUAUGCAGUGUUUUGAUAUAUUAAACCUUUUUGCAGA